AUGAAUAUGGAUUGGAUGGGUGAUCGCGGCUUGAACGACUACCUCACUGAAGAUAUCAUCAAGAAGAACCCUAACAUAGCCACUUACAAGGCUGCAUCAUUGGAAGCACGUCAGGAAAUUCUAAGUCGUGAGGUUGCCAAGCUAGGUGAAGAAGCAGCCUUGAAGGCUAUAACUGAAUGGGGCCAGCCUAUAUCUAAGAUCACAGACCUUAUAUUUUGUACAUCUUCGGGAGUAAAUAUGCCCGGCGCAGAUCAUCAACUUAUCAAGCUCCUUGGUCUUCAACCCUCUGUAAAAAGAUUCAUGUUGUAUCACCAAGGUUGCUUUGCAGGCGCAGCAUCCCUUCGUGUGGCCAAAGAUGUAGAAAACAAUGCUGAUUCUUGGGUUCUUAUUGUUUGCUCCGAAAACAUGGCUUCGAGUUUCCAUGCACCUUCAGAUACCCACUUGGAUAUUCUAGUGGGAUCUGCGAUUUUCGCAGACGGCGCUGCAGCAGUAAUCGUAGGUGCAGAUCCUGAUGUGACUACUGAGCGUCCGUUGUUUCAUAUUGUGCCAUCGUCUCAGACAAUUAUUCCAGAUUCGGAGAAUGGAAUAGUAGGUGAGACUCGCGAAAUGGGCGUAUCUUAUUACUUGUGUAGAAGUGUGCCCCAAGUUAUUGCAGACUAUAUCGUGGAAUGGAUUACUGAAACACUUGGAAUUAUUAAGGAUUGGAACACAUUGUUUUACAUCGUUCACCCUGGUGGUCCAACCGUCCUUAAGGGGCUGGAAGAGAAACUUGGUCUGGAAGAACAGAAGCUUAGAGCAAGCCGUCAUGUGCUGAGUGAAUAUGGUAACAUGUGGAGUCCAAGUGUGCAAUUUAUUCUCGAUGAAAUGAGGAAAACAUCUAUGGAGGAAGGAAAGGCCACCACUGGAGACCGAUUGGAUCUGGGUAUCAUGUUUGGGUUUGGCCCUGUUUAACUAUGGAGACUGUUAUUCUGCGUAGUGUUGUUGUUGUUCGAGGGUAAUUAUUAGUAGCUUAUACUAAUUAAUUGCCUUGAGCUAUGAACUUGUUUUCACUUUACUUUAUCCUAAUUUCUGUUUGCUUUGGGUUUCAUCCUCUCACUCUCAUUUCUAUUUAUAUUGGGAGGAUGGAACUGUGUGAUAUUUAAGUGUGUAACUUCUGUUGUGUAUUGCUGUAUUGUGAUGAUCAAUAAGUACAAGUA